AUGGUAUCAAUUUCCAAGCUACUUAACAACGGUUUGAUUCUAGCCGGUCAAUCCAUUUAUCAAAGUGUUGCGACUCCACAGCAGGCUUCGGUAGAGCAAUACGAUAUUCUCAGGUACCUUGGUGGAAAAGCGCCAUACAUUCAACAUCCAGGAUUUGGAAUUCCAACAGAUGUUCCAGAUCAAUGUACCAUUGAACAGGUUCAACUAUUGUCAAGGCAUGGAGAACGUUAUCCUUCUAAAAAUGUUGGUAAGGCUUUAGAAAAAAUCAACGACAAAUUCAAGAGCUAUAACGGCACUUUUAAAGGUGAAUUGGCAUUUUUAAACGAUUAUACUUAUUUUGUCCAAGAUAAAGACAACUAUGAGAAAGAAACCACUGCUUCUAAUUCGGAAGGCCCAUUCAGCGGUGCUGACAAUGCAUUGAGACAUGGCGCAACUUUCAGGGGUAGAUACAAUGAGAUAUAUAAUCCUGAUAAGCCAUUACCUGUUUUCACAGCCAAUUACAAUAGAGUUGUUUUAACUGCUCAAUACUUUGCAAGGGGUUUCUUAGGACAAGAUUAUGAUGAAAAUAAUGUUCAAUAUGUGCUCAUAGAUGAGGAUGGAAAACUAGGUGCAAAUUCUUUAACCCCUAGAUAUGGAUGUAAUAAUUUUGAAUCUGAUCCCCACACUGAUUAUGUUGAUGGAUUUUCAGACCAAUAUUUACAGGAUGCAUUAACUAGAUUUAAAAGUUCUAAUCCUAAUUUAGACUUAGAUACGGAUGAUGUUAACAGUUUAUUUGAUUGGUGUGCAUAUGAACUUAAUGUCAAAGGCUAUUCUCCAUUUUGCAAUUUAUUCUCCAAUGAUGAAUUUAUUAAGAAUUCAUAUUCAUUGGAUCUCGAGAAUUAUUACUCGAACGGACCAGGGAAUAAUAUGACCAGAACGAUUGGUGCACCUCUUAUACGUGCUUCGUUAGAGCUUUUAAAAGAUAAUGAAACAGAGCAUAAAAUUUUUCUUAGUUUCAGUCAUGACACAGAUAUUGAAAUUACUUUAGAAGCUUUAGGCCUUCUUGGAAUUGCUGAUGGAGAGCAAUUACCUAAUGAUCACAUACCUUUUCCUCAUACUUAUGUUCAUUCCAGUAUUGUUCCACAAGGUGCUCGUGUCUAUACUGAAAAGAUUAAGUGUGGUGAUAAAACUUAUGUCAGAUAUAUUCUUAACGAUGCUGUCUACCCACUUCCUACAUGUUCAGACGGGCCUGGCUUUUCUUGUGAGUUAAGUGAUUUUGAAAAUUAUGUAAAUGAUAGAUUAGAUAAGCUUGAUUAUUCAGAACAGUGUGAUGCAAAUGAUGUUCCUGACAAAGUUACUUUUUACUGGGAUUAUAAUGAAAAGAAUUACACGGAUGUCUCUAAUGGCAAUUAA